AUUUAGUCUAUGAGCCUUUAUUUGGUCUUUAUCAAUACUAAAAUUGGGCAAAAUUAAAUACUUGGCCUCAAAAUCGUAAGUAAGGUAACACAUUUAUUAAAACACAGAUAAUCCACGCCAAUUUUUUUAAAUUAUUGAUAUAAAAUGGGGAAGGCCGGUGAAGGUCCGAAAACAAGAAAACCCUACGAAGAAAUUGGAGCAGUGUUCAACGGAAAUGAGGUUAAGAUUAGAGUUCCUAAAAGUACCAGUAAGCCACCGAAGCUGACACCGUCACAAAUGAAGCUGCAACAGCAAUGCACAUGUGACGAUGAAGAGUCGGUAUGCUCCGAAACGUGCGGAAUGGGAGCAGAAGGCGCGACAGGUCCAUCUAACAGGCUAAAUUUCCAGAUACCUGACGAUAUAUGCGAAGCUCUAACCCAUCGAACUGCUCUGAACUCGGAACUAACAUACAGCAAGAAGGAAGCCCAUGACACAAUGUGCAAUAUUUGUAACGUCACACCAAAGGAUGCUCCUAAAGGCGUGCAGGCGCAAAAAGUAUUACACCCAGAUAAAGAUGUGUUUAUAUUAAAAAUAGGAAAACAAACCGAUGAACCGAAUCGUACGGGCAAUAUCGAGGUCGAACUGAUAACUCCCCGUGCUCCAGCAAAACCAACGCCGGCCACUCAUUCCUGCAAACAAAUUCAGUGCGAAGAAGAAGACAUUCCCUGCUGCGUGCCCUGCAAAACCUGCCGCGCCGUCGUCCCCAAAAAAAGAAAAGGCAGACGACCUCGAUGUUGUCCUUAGACAGACCAUUAAAAAAAAACAUUUUUGUUGUAUCUACUUCAUACGGCAUAACGUUAUUAUGGUCAAUUACCAAGCCUUUAUUAUCUAAUACAAAGCAUACCAUUUUUAUGACUAUUUUUGUUUCUUGAACAUUUAAGUAAGUAUGUACUUUGAUUUAUUGAUCAAUAUAUCUUUUAAUUAC